AUGUGGGCCUACAUCUAUCAAGCACGUAACCUUCUCGCCAUGGACGAAAGUGGGAUGAAUGAUUCCUACGUCCGCGUGGCAUUUUGCAAGCAAAGCGCUGUAACAGAGGUGCUGACCCAGACUUUAUGUCCCACCUGGGACCAAACGCUCAUAUUUGAUAAUGUUGAAAUCUAUGACAGCGUGGAGAAUAUCGCCAAGAGCCCACCAAGUGUAGUGGUAGAGGUUUUUGACAAGGACACAGUGGGCAAAGAUGGCUUUCUCGGCCGCUGUGUGAUGUCACCUACGGUGCGUCUACAUGGACACGAAACUCCUGAGCCGCAACUGCAGUGGUUCACCAUCAAAAGAGGAGACGAGGAAGGAGGCGAUAUUUUAGCUGCUUGCGAACUUUUCCUUGAUGAAGAUGCGGAGUUACCCUUCAUCCCACCCAUGAGAGGAGACUUGUAUACCGUGCGAAGCGGUGUGCGCCCAAAGUUAGAACGGUCAGCGAUUGAGAUCUUGUGUUGGGGAGUGAGGAACAUGAAAAAGUUUGAACUCACGAGCGUGACGUCACCAAGUAUUGAGUUCGAGUGUGCUGGAGGUCUGGUGCAGUCUGACGUCAUCAAGGAUAUAAAGAAGAACCCGAACUUUGAGAAUCCUGUUUUGACAAGAAUGAUUGUGGUAUUUACUACAACCUAUCUUGAAUGGAGAAACUUUGUGUUUUAAUCUUGCCUGGGUUAGCAGUUGUCUCAUAUGUAUAACAACCGAUUUUCUGAAGAAAAAAUGUUAGGGAAGGUAUUGAAGUGUCUGACAUCAAUUUAUACCUUUUUGGGUACGUUGACCCUUUUCACAGUUUCGG